AUUUCUUACAUGCCUCCCAAAGCUCACCGCGCUGGCGCAACGGGCCUCCCUCGUACACACUCCCGUUCAUCGUCGGGAGGCUCCUCCAAAGCAGCACUGAACCUUCACUUCACGCAGAAGGAUCCUGCUCCAGCGAAGCAAGCCGAAAGAACGAAGAAAAACGGCUUAGUUCAUGAUUCGCAUUCAAGAAAUACUUCGCCGUAUCCUCCUCGAGUAAAUAGCUCGACACAUCUUGCUUCAAGGGAGCAGCUACCAGUUCAAACACAGCGGCAUGUACCUCCCUCAAACCAGCGGCAGGCAACGACAACUGGCAAACCUAAAGCUGGAUUUACUAUCGCUAGCCAAAGUGCGGAUGAAGACGAUGAGUGGAUCUCUAGCGAGAGUGGGGCAGCGACUCCGAGCAGUGUGAGCUCCGACAGUGGCAGGUCCCAAACACCGGUCGAGACGCACAAACAUUCGCUCCCCGCGGCCCCGCCCAUUGAUGAACUCAUACAUCGACCGGAAACUCCAAGAGCACAACCGCCUUCUAUGUCACGGGUGCCUACCAUCCGUCCUUCCGAUGCACCAGCUCGAGCGUUAUCAGCUGUAGCUGUGUCAGCUGCACGUGCAUCACCGGCUCCAGCACUAGCCACAUCCAGACAUCCAGUGAAACAGUCUAAUCUCUCUCAGCACCCUUCUCCUGAGCGCCGUAUCAUGGAGACUCGCUCAGAGAACACUUCGCCUAUUCAUCGUUCACGUCCGCACAAACGCCAGUCAGUCACACGCCCACCAUCUACUCAUUCGACAACAAGCAGAAAUGAUGCACCAUUACGCCCACAUCCACUUAUCCGAGGUCAGUCAUAUGGCCAUGCAGCUCCAGUGACACCACGGAUGGUGCCUCUCGCUCCACUCACCAUCACAUCUGAAGCUGCUCCAGCGCACAUAUCCGGUACUCAGACCUAUGAUACGGAGGAUAGAAUAUGCACUUCGCCAUCUAGUAUCAAGACUGCGCAUGCUCUACCACCUAAUCGCAGGACAUCAGUAUCAUCCGCACGUUCGGUGGUCACUCUUCCGAGUCAAGCACAUAUCCAACCACUCCAAUUCAAGGUUGUACACGACCGCACUCGUACCCUGUCAUCCAUGUCAUCAACUUCAUCGAGCUCUGUACAAGCGUUGUCAUCACUUGCACAACUUCCCACCACCCGUCCGUCAACACCGCAAUAUACCUCGCAUUUUCCUGCAGCUAGUCUGUACACCAACCUUGAAACUGUGCACCCACUACUCCCACCACCCUACCUUAGUGCACACGUGUCCAUCCUUGCGCACCGAAGUCCGUUGAGGGAGUCGUAUGAUAGAGUUAUUGCCGCCAAGGAGCAACAACGACGCGGAGAGAGUGUUUGAGGCGCCCAUACUGGUGCUUUUGAAUCUUAAUUGACUGGUGGAAUGUCCGUGACACGUCUCCUCGUUCACCCUCAUUUAUUAAACUGAGCGAUAUUUCAGAUCUAUACAUACCAUUAUUAUCAAUUUUUCUUUCGUCAUUGCACCCGACUUGUGUACCGUUGUGGACAAUAUGAUACCAUUUACUGUCCCA